GUCCGAGUGUGGCGUGUGUUUGUGUCUGUUUUGGGUUCCGUGAUAUCACUAUAUCAGCGCCGACGGACGACGACCUAAUACCGUAUGCGUCUGUGUUAAAAUUUUAGGACGGUUUAUUUAUUUUUUGUGUCGUUCACUCGUCUUCCGUUUAUUCACAUACAACUACCUACCAUGGCCUACAUAGCAAAAUGCCGCUGACAUCUGAGAUUCGUCGACGUCUCACUCGGCACAGCACUGAGGCAUAAGGUCAGAAGACGCAACGACGACAACGUUACACCACAGUCGUGACGGACAGUGCGCGACGGCCAUGAGAAACAUUUGUCACUGUGAUGAAUGAGGACGAGAUAGCUGAUAAAGUAUACGAGGAGAGAGAGAGAAUUGUUGAUCUAUAUAGGAAUGGACCCGGGGACGGAACAAUUAUAGAUCCUGUUGAUGAUCCUGCAUUCAAUGACUAUUACAAACUUGAUAGAUUUGGAUUCAUAAUAAGUGAUGAGUCAAAGUUUAAAAAAGAAGAUCCUCAAGAGAUAAAAAUCGAAGUAACCCGAGAACAAAAAUGGCUGAAAAUGAUCUCCAAUUGGGAUGGUCUAUCCCGAGAAAAACUCAAAAGACGCGUUUACAAAGGCAUUCCAAAUUCAUUACGAGGUAAAGUGUGGGCCAAACUAUUGGGUGUUGAUCAACUCACAGAUGAUCAGAAAAAUAAAUACAAACAUAUGUGUGAGUUGGCAUGGGAGCAUUCACCAGAUGUGAGACAAAUUGAUUUAGAUGUGAAUCGAACAUAUCGAGAACAUAUCAACUUCCGACAACGUUACAAUUUGAAGCAACAAGAAUUAUUUAAUAUACUAUCUGCAUAUAGUAUUUAUAAUUUAGAUAUUGGUUAUACUCAGGGAAUGUCACAAAUUGCAGCAUUACUAUUGAUGUAUUUAAGUGAAGAUGAAGCUUUCUGGGCAUUAUCUACUCUUAUUUCCCAUAACAAGUAUCAUAUGCAUGGUUUUUUUAUACCUGGAUUUCCUAAGUUAAUACGUUUUCAAGAUCACCAUGAUAAAAUAAUGAAUAAGUUAUUACCUAAGUUAAAAAAACAUUUGGAUAAAAAUGGAGUUGAAACUGGAUUAUAUACUUUAAAAUGGUUCUUCCAAUGUUUUUUGGACAGAAUACCAUUUAAAUUGACUUUAAGAGUAUGGGAUACAUUUUUACUAGAAGGUGACAAAAUAUUAUCAGCUAUGGCAUAUUGCUUGUUAAAAUUACAUCGCCACCAGCUAUAUGCUUUAGGAAUGGAUGAUAUACUUAAUUUUUUACAAGUAAAAUUGGAACAAAAUUAUCAACAUACAGCAGAUUAUACCAUAGAAAAACUUCAAGAAUGUCUUAUUGAAUUAAAAAAAUAUAAACUCGAUAAUGCUGGCCUGCCAUCUCCAAGUGAAAAAUUAAAAAGAGAGCUUGGAAUAUUUAAUCCUGAUGAUAUCCCUGUUAGAAAGCCUCAAAUCAAUGGAGUGGAUAAAAAAAGAAAACCCAUAAAUACAGACCAAAUUCAUAGUUCACCUGAACAGGAUUCACAACGUCAAGGUUCAAUUAUUACAAAUGGUAAAAACAGUUUAGAUGAUGUUAGCUCAAUUGUUGGAGACAGUUCUAGACGCUCAUUGCUGGACACUAGUGUAACUUCUGCAGCUACGACUACAGUGUCUCCACAAAGCAUUCAAAAUGAUGAUGCUGGAUCGGAUGUUACAUGUGUGAGCCCACAACCUGAUGUGCUUCGCAUAUAUGUGCCAUACGAUACUCCAACAAAGAAAUCUCCUACUUCUGUUUCAAACAAAAUUACAACAAUACAGGUGAUGGACGAGAUAGCCACUCCUACUGUGGAAACAGAUGGUAUGUUUAAAGCGGUGUCUACUAUAAACUAAUCAUUUGUUGAAUUAGUGAUAUACUAAAUUGGCUGUGAUUGAAUAUAUAGUUGGUGACUACUCUAUGACUAUAAGCAGUGCUACUUUUCAUGUAAAUUAGUUAUACCUUUUUUGUAUUUUUGUGUACAGUACACAAUUUGUUCUUGGCAAGAAGCUUAGAUGUAGCUUAAGUACAGUAGUUUAAAUAAAAUUUCAUUAAUCGUAUAAUUUAUACCUCAACAAGUCAUUAAUUUAAAUUAUUUUAUAAUAAAAUGGUGCAGAAAUUAAAUCAACAGCUGUUAACUCCUAUAUUGAUUUUAAUUAUUUACAACAUAAUUUGUAAAAAUAAAUAUAAUUUUUUAUAAAUUAUACUACCUCUUAACUUCAAUAAUCUAUACUUAUUUUAUAACUAUAUAGUUCAACUUUUAAUAUUAUUUCAAUUUCUUAGUAACAUUUAAUGUGAUUACAAUAUUAAUAUUCAAGAAAACAAUAACUAUAUUUGAUAAUAUACUUUAUUUAUCUUGCAUGAUGUCUAACAUUUUGAGUUACAUAAAAAUUAUAAAUAACAUUAAUAUGACUAUUUUGACUUCCUAUAAAAGUUUAAAUGUUUUAAUUAUAAAAUAGUAAAUUUAUAAAAAAUAAUGUUGUUUAUUUAUACAAUUAUACAAUUAAAUUAGAUCUCUUACUUAUUUUACAAUUAUAUUCAUAUACAUUAUCAUACUUGUAUGUGGUUUAUAAUACAAUUAAUUAAUGAGCUAUUGUAGUUUAUGCAAUUGUACACAUAAUACCUAAAAUAUUAACUUAUUUUUAUUUUAGUAGAAUAUGAUUGAGAUAAUUUACCUCAAAUUUAUUAUAAUAUAAAUGUAUUGCCUUCUAUUCAGAUUAAAUUUAAUUAAAUACUUUAUUUUAUAAAUAAAAUCAUUAAUACAUUUCUUAAUGUUAAUAAUUAAAAUAAGUAUUACAACAAUAUAUCACAUGACGAUAUUAUUACAAUUUCUUAUUAAAAGUAUGUUCACUAUCUAACUAUCAGUAUUAAAGUAAAAAAGAUAAGUAUCAAAGUAAUAAAAGUGUUAACUAAUUAAUUUAUGUUGUAGUUGAAUGAUUUAAUAAUCAUUUAGGUUAAUUGUAAAAAAUACAUUUGUAUUGUUUAUUUUAAAUGUAAAUUAGAGAAAAAAAAUACUUUUGGACGCUAUCAUUAUGUAACUGAAUGCUCUCUUUCAAUAUAAGACUAAAUUCAUUAUUCAUUCCAGACUUUUUGUAUUUUGCACAAAUAAAUAAAAUGUACAUAAUAUUAAAUUAGCUAAGGUUGCCAGUUGACUAUAGAAAUAUGAAUGUAUUAAAGAGAAAUAAUAAUUAUAAGCAACAAUUUAUUUUAUGAAAGAAAAUUGAUGUGUAUUUUGACAUAGAAAUAUAAUUGUUUUUAACAAAUGCCUUAGAUUGUCUUAUAAAUUAAUAUAUUAUAUAUUUUUAAUAAUUCUAUAUAGUAAUUACUACUUCUACAUUAUUAUUAAGAUGUAUUUUAUGUCAUUAGAUGUUAACUUGGUGUUCAAAAGACAUAUAGAAUAUAGAUGUUACAACUUAUUAUACUUAGAUAGAAUUGUUAAAACUUGUUUUGUAAUUUUAACAUUCUGUAUAGAUCAUGAAUUUUAAAUUUAAAUGUUUUUGUUAUAAAUGGGAAAGAUGCAACUUGAACAAAUGGUUAUGUUAAUAAUUUAUCGAUUGUAUACAAACUGAAUGAUUAAUUACAGUGAAAACAUGAUAUAAUUUUCAUUGUAUAAAAAAUAUUCUUCUAAAUAAGUACGAGACUGUGAACAUUAAAAAGCAAGGACAAUAGUUUCCUGAGCGUUCAAUCUUUAUAAUUUAUUUAUAAAAUAAAAAUGUGUUUAUAAUUUAUAUACAUUUUAAUUAUUAAUUUAUUGUUAUUGAUAAACAUUGUACUGUAGCUAUUUAAUAUCAUUAAAAAUUGUCAACGACAAUAUCAUUGUAUUUUAAUAUAAUUAUUAAUAUAUUAUUUAUAUAUUAUAUAUAUAAAUAUAUUUAUGUAUUAUACCUAAAUAUAUAUUAACAA